GCAGUCUGCAUGCCUAGGUGCUUGAUUUUAUACACCUGUGGCUAUGGAGGUGAUUGGAACACCUGAAUGCAGUGAUUUGGAGGGGCGUCCCAAUACUUUUGGCAAUAUAGUGUAUAUGUGAGGUGUGUCAGAAUAGUCCUGGUCUUAAAGUGGUUAAGUUGUCUUUCACAACCUUUUGUCGUUUUGUCACAGGUCAAAGAAUUUUGAUACUGGAGAUGUGUAUAAGAAGGCUUGGGGGAACAAAGAUGAUGAUGAUGUUGUCUCCAAGCAACCACGACAGGUCAGCAACGGACAGCAGCAGAGUGCACCAGGGCAGAGUGGCGCAUACAUAAAGAGGGUAACAAAUGAUGCCCGAGAAGAUGAGAUGGAGGACAAUCUAAAGCACGUCGGGGGCAUUUUAGGAAAUCUCAAGACGAUGGCUUUAGAUAUGGGUAAUGAGAUUGAUGCCCAAAACAAACAAAUUGACCGGAUUAAUGAAAAGGCAAUUAGUAAUAAAGACCACAUUGAUGAAGCCAACAAGAGAGCUAAGAAACUUAUUGAGUGA